AACUAAUAGCAACAAUAAAUUAACCCAGAAAUUGUCAGACAUUUCUUUUUUAUUUGUUGUGUAUUUGUUUAUAUUUGCUGUGACGUACUUGCUCGGACCACCGGAGAGCUUAAUUGUUUCAGUUUAAAGUAAUGUUUCUGCCAUAUUUUCACGUCUGACAAACUGAAAUGUUAACGUAAAGUGCAAAAUCCGCGGGAGCCAUUUAGUCCAGCUUUACUUCAUGCGAGGCAGAUAAAUUCCAAGCGAUACUCACUUGUGGGUGGCAUUAAAAUUUUCGAAUUUUCCAUUAUGUCGUCCUCGGAAAGAAGUUUUGAAUUGAUUGCGGGCGGCUUGACCGUUCUGGUAGUUCUCUGGUUCGUAUGCCGAGCAAUAAUGAUUGAUGAUGUCCUCGUGAUACCCGGGAGGAAGCGACAUAAUUGGAAAUCGGUUAAAAUCAUUGGGAGGGCUGCGUAUUGUUCGAUCUGUGAGAUAUUUGUUGUGGCUUCAACUGGGCUCGUGUGUGAUAGCUGUGGUGUGUGCUCGCAUCCGCACUGUACCAAAAAGGCUGACAGUCACCUAAAGUGCAAGGACAAGUACUUAAAAAAUGGAAAAUCAAUAUCCCAUCAUUGGGUGAAAGGAAACUUACCUCUGAACAUGGAGUGCAGCUUGUGCAAGGAGGACAUCGACUACCACGCCAGCCCUGGUCUCUUCGGCUACCGCUGCUGUUGGUGCCAGACGGCACUGCACACGAACUGCUUCAAGAAAUACGCAACAUCAGAUCCGUGUAACUAUGGUCGUUACCGUGAACUAAUCAUUCCACCGACAAGUAUUGUAGCGGCGCGGACCCGGCGUGCCGUAAAACUGCAUUUAACCGGGAUCAAUCCACCUGACUGGGAAGACUGGAAACCACUUUUAAUCAUAGCCAAUACAAAAUCAGGAAGUAACACCGCAUCAGAUGUUGUCUCGCAUCUUCGUGGCUAUUUGCAUCCACUUCAAGUAAUGGAGCUUUGUCCACGAGGGCCACAGGAAGCCUUGCAGUGGGCGGUGAAAAUCAGUCCAAAGCAAUGCCGGAUUUUGGUGGCCGGAGGCGACGGUACUGUGGGAUGGGUACUGAACACAAUUUUCGCUCUGGACAUCCGACCAAUUCCAGAAAUUUCAAUUAUGCCCCUUGGAACGGGAAACGAUCUAUCGAGAGUCAUGCGAUGGGGGGCAGAGUCCCCAGAUCAUAUAAAUCCGGUGGAAAUUUUGGAUCAAAUACUAGCGUCUAAAGUAGUCAACUUGGAUCGCUGGGUCCUUGAAAUCGAGUCUGUCCGCUAUCGUCUACCAAUCCAGCGAGCUUCACUCCGCACAGUCUACGUUUACAACUACUUCAGUGUAGGCGUAGAUGCGCAGGUGACACUGAAUUUCCACAAGACACGGGACAGCCGGUUUUAUGUUCUGAGCAGUCGCCUUUUCAAUAAGAUCCUCUACUUCUGCUUCGGAACACAUCAAAUCAUGCAACCCGAGUGCGAAGGAUUAGAGAAGCGCAUUGAACUGUACCUCGAUAACAAGAAGGUUGAUUUGCCCGAAUUGCAAUCAGUUGUUUUCCUGAAUAUCGACUCGUGGGGCGCCGGAGUUAAACUUUGCGAACUCAGCAAUAAGGAAAAUAAACAGUUUGAACACAGCAUUUCGGACGGAAAGAUGGAGGUGUUCGGCAUUGUAUCGUCAUUUCAUAUUGCACAAUUACAGGUGGGAAUCGGGAAGCCAGUACGCAUAGGGCAGGCGAAACGAAUCAAGAUAAAGUUCCAUCAAUCAUGCCCGGUUCAAGCCGACGGCGAGCCAUGGGUUCAACAACAAUGCGAAAUGAGCUUAUCGGCAAGAGGCCAAGCGAAGAUGUUACAAAAUCAAACUGAAUCAACCACUUGAAUGUGAUACCACUUAGAACUUGUUCCGAGUUCAUAUCCUGAAUAAUGUUUCUCACACGUUGUGUACUCGUCCUAAAUGUUCUUUUUGUCUAUCAUGACUUUUUAAUGUGCGAAAAAGUAUGCGAUAUAUUGAUAAUGCUGUUUACUAUUCGGUAAAGGGACUUAUCUAUUGUUAGGAAAAUAUUCCUCUCUUCGAAAACGUGAUGUAGUUAUGAUGCCAAAUGGAAAACACAGAUUUUCACUUUGUAUAACACGUUGUACUUAUACAUUAGGUAUUAUAUGUGAAUUUUUUCUCGAAUAAAAUUAUUAACGUGAAAU